CAGAUGUUGUUGUACUCUCUUCACCCCUCUUCCACUUUUGCUAUACGCUGCUUGAACCUUAUUUGCCUUGUUUCUAUUUAAAGAAGAACAUCUCAAGUGACGAAGAAAGAAUAAAUCUGCUUCUCCGCAAAAGAGAUCUAAUUCCUCUCUCUCUCUCUCUCUCUCUCUCUCUCUCUCUCUCUGCGCUAACCCAAGAACCCAGAAAGCUAUGGCGUCAUACGGGUUCACUCUCUGCAAGUUGUGUGCCAUUUUCUUGAUUCUUUUGACCUGUUCCUCCAAAACCGCUUCUUUUGCCACUCCCAUUUCAGAUGAUAUAUUCGAAUCGCAGGCUCUUGCUGGUCGGCACCUCCUCCAGGCUAAACAAAGUUGUCCAGUGAACUUUGAGUCCCUGAACUACACAAUCAUCACGAGCAAAUGCAAAGGGCCUCUUUACCCUCCCAAAGCUUGUUGUGGAGCGUUCGAGGAAUUUGCCUGCCCUUACGCCUAUGUUUUAAAUGACCCAAAGAAUGAUUGCGCUUCGACCAUGUUUACCUACAUUAACCUUUACGGGAAGUACCCGCCAGGCCUUUUCGCUACCAAAUGCAGAGAAGGAAAGCAAGGGCUCAAGUGUCAUCACCGCCAUCAUGCUUAGCCGAUGACAGUGGCGGGGCUCAAAAUCACAUUCCAUGCCCCCCUUAUAUCAGCACUUUCAUUUUGCUUGGACCAAGACUAUAGACCGUCUCCACUGCAAUUAUUGCCUUCUUAUAUAAAUAACAUGGAGAGAUAUGGAAUUGCUGGCCUCUUCAUCUUU